GCAGCAGCGCCGCCGCCGCAGUCAGCCGCGCCGCCGCCGCUGCCGCAGCGCGAGCGGCCGCGAGCCGGUAGCAGGGAGCCUGGUGAAGGGGCCCACGAGCCCCGCGCGCUCCUGCUGGUCGCUGCGCGACUUCGAAAUUGAUGGUUAUUUUUAUUUAUUUAUAUUUUAGGAACGGCUGCUCAGAGGCUCAGGUCUUUUCUGGAACCUGCAGCGACGCCCCCGGCGCGUGCACAAAGGCUCCGACGGCGGCCGGCGGGGACUGGCGAGCGCGCUGGUGCCGGCGCCAGAGGUCGCCUGUGCGCGCCCUAGCCAAGCCCUGGGCACCAUGCCGCGGCGCCUGCAGCCCCGGAGCGCGGGCACAAAAGGCCCGCCUGGCAUGACCGCGGCGGCUUCAGAGGCCGCCUCGCGCUCCCACCCCUCGGCCUCCGGAGACCCUGCGGCAUCCGCCAAGCCGCUGCUGCGCUGGGACGAGGUGCCCGACGACUUCGUGGAGUGCUUCAUCCUGUCCGGCUACCGGCGGCUGCCAUGCACCGCGCAGGAGUGCCUAGCCUCGGUGCUGAAGCCUACCAACGAGACGCUCAACUUCUGGACGCACUUCAUCCCGCUGCUGCUGUUUUUGAGCAAGUUCUGCCGCCUGUUCUUCCUAAGUGGCCGCGAUGUGCCCUUCCACCACCCAUGGCUGCUGCCGCUGUGGUGCUACGCGUCGGGCGUGCUGCUGACCUUCGCCAUGAGCUGCACGGCGCAUGUGUUCAGCUGCCUGUCGCUACGCCUGCGCGCCGCCUUCUUCUACCUGGACUACGCGUCCAUCAGCUACUAUGGCUUCGGCAGUACUGUGGCCUACUACUACUACCUGUUGCCGGGCCUGAGCUUGUUGGAUGCCAGGGUGAUGACCCCGUAUGUGCAGCAGCGCCUGGGCUGGCACGUGGACUGCACAGGCCUCAUCGCUGCCUACCGCGCCCUUGUGCUGCCUGUGGCCUUCGUACUGGCCGUGGCCUGCACCGUGGCCUGCUGCAAGAGCCGCACUGACUGGUGCUCUUACCCGUUCGCGCUGCGCACCUUUGUCUUCGUCAUGCCGCUCAGCAUGGCCUGCCCGAUCAUGCUCGAGAGUUGGCUCUUUGACCUGCGCGGCGAGAACCCCACGCUCUUUGUACACUUCUACCGCCGCUACUUCUGGCUGGUCGUGGCUGCCUUCUUCAACGUGAGCAAGAUACCCGAGCGCAUCCAGCCGGGCCUCUUCGACAUCAUUGGCCACAGCCACCAGCUCUUCCACAUCUUCACUUUCCUUAGCAUCUACGACCAGGUGUACUACGUGGAGGAGGGCCUGCGCCAGUUCCUCAAGGCGCCACCCGAUGCGCCCACUUUCUGUGGCACUGUGGGCUACAUGCUGUUGCUGGUCGUCUGUCUGGGGCUGGUCAUCAAGAAGUUCCUGAACAACUCGGAAUUCUGCAGUAAAAAGUGAGCCUCUGCCUUGGAGGAGGCUGCCAGCUCGCCCACUUGUUUGUAUGGAGUUUCUGUUGUUGCUGUUGUUGGUUUGUUUUAAAGUUUUGUUGUGUUUUCUUCUUUGCUCGAGGAGGGUGCUGCAAAACAACAGAGAAAAAGUCCAAUGCGACGGGGGUGGGGGCGUCUCAAUGCACUUGGGGCUUUGGAAGAGGGAGAUGGGGCAAGCAGGAGGCAGAAGGCCACUGGUCCUUGAUCCUGGGAAAAAAUUCAAGUGGUGUCUGUGACAUCCAAGGAUUUUUCUAAGGCAGCGAAUAAAACCCCCAAUAAAACCUCUAACAGUUCGAUUUUCCAAUCGUCUUCUCUGCCAGAGGUAAUAACAAGUAGCCCUUGUGAGAUCAGGCAUGCAGUAAAGAGGGUAAGUAGACAAAAUCCCUGAGUACUUCCAUUUCAGUCUGAGGAAUGCAUGGAUUUGUUAAAGAAUAGAACGUUGUAGGAAAGGAGCACAGAGACAGAAACCCAGGGCUUAACCUGCUAGAAAAUGCAUGGAAUGUGAACUCACGUUAAUUAUUUCAAAAUGUUUCUCAGAUGUUAUUUAAAUAGUAAUAUAUAUAGUGAUUUCUCAUAAUUUAUCAAAGCCUGUGAUCUGCACUGAUUUUUCUUUGUCAUGUAGUUUUGAAUUUUGCAGCCCUUCUGCAUUGCAUACACUUGAACUGGACACCAGGGCAAGCUGCUUGAGACUUCUCGGCUGCUUUUUUAAACAGUAUUUUUUGAAGGCCUGUGUGUGUCAUACUACAACUGUGAAUUGUUCUACCUUAGGGACUCUGGUUAAACUAUUAGGUGAAGCUAAGUGGUUUGUUUCGAUCCUGGGUUUUCUAUUUACUUUAGUGUAUUCCACAAAACCCAUUCUAUUUUUUGUUUUGUUUUCAAUCUUAUUAUUUCCUUCUCUACUGACUUACAUUGCCACUGGGAUAAAUGUGCCUUUUGAAGCAAUGUCCAAA